CCCUAGCCGCCACUCGCCAUUUCGGCAAAGGUUCGCGACUCCCGCGACGCAUCUAGCGCCGCCAGUCGCCGCCGCCUCCUCCCCCCGUCGUUGCCGCCCCGCCCGCCUGACGCUCGCGUUCCUCUGGUUGUUGAUGGAGGCUCCGGCAAAAAGCGUGGCAGUGGCUGAUGGGAACCCAAAGCCAGCCACAGAGGCACCGCGGGUGGAGAAUUACAAGGACGCUGCCAUGUACUAUGGAGCGUAUCCGGGUUAUCUCUAUGGAGGCUAUGGUGGCUGGGGAGAGUACUCCACAUACUUGAGCCAUGAUGGUGCAGAGACACCAACUGCUGGUGCUUAUGGGGACUUGUACUAUGGCUAUUCUCCGUAUGGUUAUUCAACUCCAGGACAUGAUGGUCAGAUGUAUGGAUCUCAGCAUUAUCAGUACCAGUCGACAUACAACAAACAACAGAGUAACACUGGCAAGCCAUCAAACAAUGGAAAAACUGAAAAUGCAGAUGCACUGCCCCAGGGGGAUGUCUCUGCUAAUGGUGUGGAUAGUCUGAAAGGUCAGAAAAAGACAAACCUGCUCCCGAAGGCAAGCCAGAAUACUCCAGGUUCCAAUGGUUCCUAUGGCCGACCUAGUGGGCGUUUUGGUAACUACCAGAACCAAACUAACCGAUCAACUUAUCCAUUUUACAGUAGUCAAAUUUUCUCUGGCAAGCAGCAAAAACUCCCCAGUGGCAAUCGUUCUCUGACAACUUCCAAUUCUAAAAGCAAAGGACAGUCAAGGAAUCAGAACACAUAUCCUCAUCUCAUGGGUCUGCAGACACCAACUUCUCCUCUGGCACCACCGUCGAUUUACUCAGCUAGUGGAAUGUAUGGAUACAAUGGGAGUUCAUAUGGCUCUGGACUAUGGUAUGGAUCACACCUGUAUAGUUCUGGAUUCUACGGGGGAUGGAAUGCACUGUCAGACGGAAAAUACAAUCCCAGAGGAAGAGGUAAUGGAUCCUAUGGUUAUGUGAAUGGAAAUCUGGAUGGGUUUAAUGAGCUAAGAAGAGGGCCAAGAAGUGGCCUUUUGAAUAGCCAACAGGGAGUUGGAGCUACUGUUGCACCUGUGAAAGGACAAGAGCUUUCAGUUAGUGACAGCUCGCUCGAUGCCAUGAAGGACCAGUAUAAUCAGGCUGACUUUGUGGAAACAUACUCAGAUGCUAAAUUCUUCAUCAUCAAAUCAUACAGUGAGGAUGAUGUUCACAAGAGCAUCAAGUAUAAUGUUUGGGCUAGCACUUCCAAUGGUAAUAAAAAGCUUGAUGCCGCUUAUCAGGAGGCCAAAGAAAAAUCAAAUGAUUCUUCUGUUUUCCUUCUUUUCUCCGUGAACGCAAGUGGUCAGUUUGUGGGUCUUGCUGAGAUGGUGGGCCGUGUUGAUUUUAACAAGACAGUGGAACACUGGCAACAGGACAAGUGGACUGGCUGUUUCCCUGUAAAGUGGCACAUUGUGAAGGAUGUUCCAAACAGCUUGCUGAAACACAUCAUUCUUGAAAACAAUGAGAACAAACCAGUCACAAAUUGCAGAGAUACUCAUGAGGUGAAACUUGAGCAAGGGCUUCAAGUGCUUAAGAUUUUCAAGGAGCAUAUCUGCAAGACAUCGUUACUGGAUGACUUUGCUUUCUAUGAUAACCGUGAGAAGAUGAUGCAAGAGAGGAAAGCAAAGCAUCAACAACUGACGAAGGUUGUUGAUGAGAAGCUUCUUAAUGCUGUGGGCACUGAGAACGCCUUGUUAACUGUGAAGUCUAAAUUGCAGGAAACAACCGAGGUAGAGAUUGCUGUCUUAAACAAAGAGCCUCAUGGCAAAGCAGGACAAGUUGAUGGGAAAGAGAACAGUGUGUUGGCCGUUUCUUUAAAUGGUGUUACACCAGAAGAUGUUCAGUUGGCAAAUGAAAAGUUGGCUGAAUUGAGUGUCUGUUAAGUCUAUUCUCGUUAUUUCAGCCACAGAGGGGUGGUGUAAGGUGAAGGGCUUAUAGGUUGGGAAGGCAGCAAUCGAGGCAAUUCAAGAUCCAUUUGAGUUUCCUUGUGAGUUUCUCCAUUGCUUUUUGGUUAGGACUUGGAGCUGGUUUCAUAGGAGCUAGACGUUUAGUUGAUUGUCUGGUGAGAUGUGCGGAUAGCAGUAGAGGUUUGGGACUUUUGGUUUUCAAUGAUGGAACAUUGGUUUGAGCGGUUUUUCUUUUAUUUUCUGAUCUCUUUCCGUUGGGUAGAUGUAGUUUUUCUUUUGUAUGUUUGGUGUCUGAACCUGAAAGGAUGUCAAGAGUAUUUAAACCUGGGAAUUCAAUUAAGAAAUUUACUCUUUUGUUCCAA